AGGAUUUGAAUACCUGCACAACCCCAGCUCCUUCAUUCCAUGACAGUUGAGAUCAGGCUACAACUUCUGGAAAAUACAAAAGGAAAAACUGUUCCUUCCCUAUUUGUGACUGCACGUUGUUUUCUCCAAGCUGGUGACUGUGGAGAGGCUGGAAUACCACUGUUACAUCCUGGUUAUACAUUAUUUCUCAUUGUGGGUUUUCGUGAAUCGCAUUUAACCUAGUACCUGUUCCAUUCCGACGGCCGAGGUUCCGUCCAUAGCAGCGUUCCCAGGUGCGUGAGGGGAUCCCCGGGAGGAUUGAGUAAACUGUGAAGCCGGCUUAGACCCAGUGUAAGCCCAGCACAGAGACAUCCGGCUCUUAGACCAUUAUCCUGAACAUGAGUCCGCUGUCUGUCUGUGUGUCUCUCCUGCUAGCAUUGGCGGCCCUGGCUGGAGCUAGACCAAAAGCAGCAGGACUGGAACAGAAGUGCAAGUCUGGCCCAGUGGACCUGGUUUUUAUUAUUGACAGCUCUCGAAGUGUGAGGCCCCAUGAGUUCGAGACAAUGCGCAAAUUCAUGAUUGACAUUAUCCACACGCUGGAUGUGGGGAUGAAUGCCACCCGGGUGGGCGUGGUGCAGUACUCCAGCCAGGUCAAGAACGAAUUCUCCCUGAAGACAUACUCCAAGCUGCAAGGCAUGGUAAAAGGCAUCAAUGAGAUAAUUCCCCUGGCACAGGGCACUAUGACCGGCCUGGCCAUCAGGUAUGUUAUGAACAAUGCUUUCACGGCAGCUGAGGGAGACCGACCCAACGUGCCCAACGUAGCAGUCAUCGUAACAGAUGGCCGACCCCAGGAUCGUGUAGCGGAGGUUGCCGCUGAGGCUCGGGACAAGGGAAUUGAAAUCUACGCGGUGGGUGUAGCACGGGCAGAUGUGACCUCACUGCGUGCUGUAGCAUCGACGCCCUUCGAGGACCAUGUCUUCCUGGUUGAGUCAUUUGACCUUAUCCACCAGUUUGGCCUGCAGUUUCAGGACAAGCUCUGUGGAAUGGAUUUGUGCCUGGAGUCUGACCAUGGCUGUGAACAAAUCUGUGAGAGCUCCCCUGGUUCUUUCCACUGCUUGUGUCGUCCAGGGUACACCCUUAACGAAGAUGGCAAGACCUGCACAGCCAUAGAUCUGUGUGCUGAGGGGAAACAUGACUGUGGGCAGAUCUGUAUCCCCUCCCCUGGAGCCUUCACCUGUGGCUGCAACAGUGGCUUCACCCUGAACAAUGACAAGAAGACUUGUACAAUGAUCGACUACUGUUCGUUUGGGAAUCACAGCUGUCAGCAUGUGUGUGUGAGUGUCCUCAAUGGCUAUUUCUGCAGUUGUUAUGAGGGAUACACACUCCAGGAGAAUGGCAAGAACUGCCAGAUGAUUGACCUGUGUGCUGAGGGGAAGCAUAACUGUGGGCAGAUAUGCAUUGCCUCGCCUGGCUCCUUCACCUGUGACUGCAAUGAUGGCUACACCCUCAACAAUGACAAGAAGACAUGCACAAUGAUUGACCUGUGUGCUGAGGGGAAGCAUGACUGUGAGCAGAUCUGUAACGCCUCUCCAGGUGCCUUCACCUGUGAUUGUAACCUAGGAUUCACCCUCAACAAAGACAAGAAGACCUGCACAAUGAUUGACCUGUGCGCUGAGGGAAAGCACGACUGCGAGCUGAUUUGUAUACCCUCCCCAGGCACCUUCUCCUGUGGAUGCAACAGCGGCUUCACCCUCAACAAUGACAAAAAGACCUGCACAAUGAUUGACCUGUGUGCUGAAGGGAAGCAUGACUGUGAGCAGAUCUGUAACGCCUCUCCAGGUGCCUUCAUCUGCAAUUGUUACCCAGGAUUCACCCUCAAUGAAGACAAGAAGACCUGCACAAUGAUUGACCUGUGUGCUGAGAGGAAGCAUGACUGUGAGCAGAUCUGUAAUGCCUCUCCAGGUGCCUUCACCUGUGAUUGUAACCCAGGAUUCACUCUCAAUGAAGACAAGAAGACCUGCACAAUGAUUGACCUGUGUGCUGAGGGGAAGCAUGACUGUGAGCAGAUCUGUAACGCCUCCCCAGGUGCCUUCACCUGUGAUUGUAACCCAGGAUUCACCCUCAACAAAGACCAGAAGACCUGUACAAUGAUUGACCUGUGUGCUGAGGGAAAGCACGACUGUGAUCAGAUCUGUAUACCCUCCCCGGGUGCCAUCACCUGUGGCUGCAAUGCUGGAUUCAAACUCAUUGAUGACAAGAAGUCCUGCACAAAUAUUGACUUGUGCAACACAGUGGAGCAUGGCUGUGAGCACCAGUGUGUCAGUACACCAGGUUCCUACUACUGCGUCUGCCCUGAGGGACAACAACUGGCGGAGGAUCGCAAGGGUUGCGGAACCUGCAGAUCGGCCAAUAUCGACCUGGUCUUCAUCAUUGAUGGUUCCAAGAGUGUGCGUCCCCAGAACUUUGAGCUGGUCAAGCAGUUUGUCAACCAGGUGGUAGACUCACUGGACGUGUCGGCCGAUGGAACUCGAGUGGGACUAGUGCAGUACUCCAGCCGUGUGCGCACUGAGUUCUCCCUGAAUACCCACCAGACUGCGGAUGACAUCAAGAAAGCAGUGAUGAAUGUUUCCUACAUGGAGAAGGGCACCAUGACGGGCCUUGCCCUCAGGCACAUGGUGGAGAACAGCUUCUCAGAGGCUGAGGGCGCCCGAAAGAAUGUCCCUCGUGUGGGCCUGGUCUUUACUGACGGACGCUCUCAGGACGACAUCACAGAAUGGGCUAAGAAGGCCAAAGAAGCAGAUAUCACAAUGUAUGCUGUUGGUGUUGGGAAGGCCGUGGAGGAUGAGCUCCGUGAGAUUGCCUCGGAGCCACUAGAGAAGCAUUUCUUCUACACCACUGACUUCACCUUCAUCAACCAGAUAGCAGAGAACCUCAAGCUAAAUGUCUGCGCAGAGGAGAGUCAAGGAGAGAUUGAGGUGAAAGAUCCAUGUGCCUGUGACAGUUUGGUUGAGUUCCAGCAAGCUACAAUGACAACUCUGGAGCAGCUGACAAGAAAAUUGGCGGGGAUGACUGCACGAUUGGAGGACUUAGAGAACCAGCUGCUGUCACGCAAAUGAUGGACGUGAUCUGCAUAAGCCAACAAGAUGUGGAGAUGCAUUGAAUAUAGAAGAUGUACCAUCAAGAAUGUGACAGGAAAAAUAGUUGUUCUGUCAAUGUUGAAUUUUCUAAACAAUAUUUAAUGUAAAAUAUCUCAUUUCAGCGCAGUUAUGUGCACAUGCACUGGACUUAAGUCAUGUCAAGCACAUCCAUAGGAAUAGAUUGCACCUUACUUACUGUAAGCACAGGCAACGUUUUUUACCUUUAAUAUUUGGUUUCAUUUACAAAACAAACAGUUUUCUUUGCCAUAUUUAUACAUGGUGUGUUUUGUAUGGUUCAAUAAUGUGGCAUAUUAUAUACCAGCAAGUUAAAUUACAAUGUUCUACUCCAUAUGAUUUGGACAAUAUCUUUUCAAAACCUACAACAAUGCAAUAUUUCUAAAGGAAUAAAUGAUAGGACAGGUUUCCUGCAUUCACAGACAUGAAACUGAGCAUAACAAAAUUGUCCAGUUCAACCAAAACAUUACUGGCAAAAGGAAGUAAUCAAAUACGUCCUAAAUAAAUCACUAAGAUCUCAUUGAUCGUCAUACAAGUUAACUAUGUAUAUAAAUGAAUGAGUAAAUGAAUUGAUUGUCUUACUGGGUAACUAACUAUAGAACUUAGUACGGUAAUGUGUUUACUGGUAUAUCAUGUGGAAUCAAAAUACCCCCAAAAGGAACCUGGAUUGUUAUGCACCCCUAUUGAUGUGGAUAAUUUUAUUAUGAAAAUAUUGCAGUUAAAAUAAUUUGCCACGUUUAUGCAUUUUACUGCAUGUUUUAAGAACAGAGAGGGUUUUUUAGUUUCUCAUUGUUCAUUGUUUAGUUUUGUAUUAAACAACCAUAUGAUGUCAUGAUUUAUACCCUUAUAUUUGGUAACCAGUACUUUGUGUAUUUUUUCUAAUAACCUUUUUUGUAAUGUUUGAGGACUUUGUAUUUCUGUGGCAAU